AUGGCGGCUGGCAGCGGGGAGGAGAAAGAUGGAGAAUUUAAUGUUCUGGAUGAUAUUUUGACUGAAGUACCUCAUCAGGUUGACGAAUUAUAUAACUCUGAAAGUGAACAAGAUGAGAAUGAGAAAAGGGAUUCAAAAAGAAAAAGUGACUGCAUAGAAACUACUGAAAGCAAGAGACAAAAACCUUCUGUACAUUCAAGACAAAUGAGGCCAAAGCCACCUAGCUCAUCUAUUAGCAAUAACAAAAGAUCAAGCCUUUCUUCUGAAGAUGAGGUAAGCUCUGAAGAAUAUGGCUCGGACCAUGAGAGUUGUACCAGUGGCUCUUCUGAAGAGCUAGGAAGCAACAGUGAGAAUGAAGAAGAAGGAAUGGAAGAAGAGAAAGAGGAUGAUGAUGAUGGGGAAGAUAAAGAGGUAGAAGAAGAUGAAGAGGAUGAGGAUGAAGAGGAGUAUGAGCAAGAUGAAAGAGACCCAAAAGAGGGAAAUGACUAUGAUACUCUAAGUAAAGCUAGUGACUCUGAUUCUGAGUCUGUAUCUUUCACAGAUGGAUCAGUCAGAUCUGGUUCUAGCACAGAUGGAGCAGAUGAGAAAAAGAAAGAAAGGAAGAGAGCCAGAGGUAUAUCUUCAAUCAUUUUUGAUAGAAGUGGAAGUUCUGCGUCAGAAUCCUCUACAGACCAAACAAGUAAACUUAAAUAUAUUCUUCAGGAUGCAAAAUUCUUUCUUAUAAAGAGUAACAACCACGAGAAUGUGUCUCUUGCUAAAGCCAAGGGUAUAUGGUCAACACUUCCAGUAAAUGAAAAGAAAUUGAAUGCUGCAUUCAGAUCUGCAAGAAGUGUUAUUUUGAUAUUUUCUGUAAGAGAAAGUGGAAAAUUUCAAGGGUUUGCAAGACUCUCUUCAGAAUCCCACCAUGGAGGAUCUCCUAUACAUUGGGUUCUGUCUGAAGGAAUGAAUGCUAAAAUGCUUGGAGGUGUCUUUAAAAUUGACUGGAUUUGCAGGCGUGAAUUGACCUUCAUUAAAUCUGCUCACCUUACCAAUCCUUGUAAUAAACAUAAACCAGUUAAGAUUGGACAUGAUGGGCAGGAAAUUGGGCUUGAAUGUGGAACCCAGCUUUGUCUUCUCUUUCCCCCGGAUGAAAGUAUUGACUUGUAUCAGGUCAUUCAUAAAAUGCAUCACAAGAGAAGAAUGCAUUCACAGCCCAGUUCAAGAGGACGUCCUUCCCGUAGAGAACCAGUCCGGGAUGUGGGAAGGAGUCGACCAAAAGAUUAUGAUAUUCAUAACGGCAGAAAGAAACCAAGGAUUGACUAUCCCCCUGAAUUUCAUCAAAGACCAGGGUAUUUAAAGGAUCCACGGUAUCAAGAAGAAGACAGUUUCACAAAUCUUAUUCCCAACAGACUAUUUUCAGGAGUUAGCCGAGAUGUUUUUCUAAAUGGGUCCUACAGUGAUUAUGUGAGAGAAUUUUACAACAUGGGACCUUCACCACCAUGGCAGGGAAUGCCAGGCAUUGAACAACCAUCACAUCAUCCCUACUAUCAGCACCAUGCUCCACCUCCUCAAGCCCAUCCCCCUUACUCAGGACAUCAUCCAGUACCCCACAAAGCAAGAUACAGAGAUAAAAGAUUACAUGGUUAUGAUAUGCGGGUAGAUGACUUCCUUCGUCGAACACAAGCUGUUGUCAGUAGCCGAAGAAGCAGACCCCGUGAACUGGAUUGUCAGAGAGAACAAGAACGGAAUCGUCGGAGAGAUAACAGAAGAGACAGAGAUUGGAUCAAGGAUGAGAGAGAGAGAGAGAGAGAGAGAGAGAGAGAGAGAUUGAUUGAUUGA